CGGUGGGAUCAGAGCUGCAAAAGUCCGCGCUCUCCGACCUCCCUCGGCUCGCCCUUCUGACAGAACUUUUCAAGACAACUGACACGUCCUAAACAAGGCCAGUGGACGGACAAACAAAAUCCAAAAGGACGCCCAUAACAAAUGUUGUCAAAGUAAAAUAAAAGGGAUGCCCGGAGGACCGUAAACGCUGCUCAACUCCUAGAAGGUCUCCCCUUCCGCGUCUCCCCCAGAAUCACCAGACAGCGAGAGGGAGAGAGACAGUGUCGAGCGCUCUCUAGUAUCUGCCCUCUGCGAGAGACCUGUUUGCGGCUGCAGCCAUGGUCCGUGGUGAGAUGGCUGUGUCCCUCUGGUGAGCGAGGGGACCGGAAGGGCUGGAGACAUGGUGGGACAGAGGACUGGGGACCGCACUGAAGCUUGUUACUGGAGUCACCAUGGAAACGGUAUGGAGGACCCUGGCUUGCAUCGUCACCAUCGCCAUGGUUGCCACCGAAGCUGUGGAGAAUGAGCCUGCGGAGGAGUUCACUCGGUCUCAAGCUGAGUUUCUGUCCGGCCUGGGCCAGUAUGAGAUUGCCGUACCGGUGCGGGUGGGGCCCCAGGGGGAGCCCUUGGACGCGGAGGGGCCGGAGGAGGACGGGCCCCCCCAGGCCCGGAGGCGUCGGCGCAGCGCCGGUGGAGCCGGGAGCCAUGGCUCCUCCCCCCAGCUCUUCUACCAGCUGUCCACGCCACGCAGCAACUUCCUGCUCAACCUGACCCUCCAGGAAAACCUGCUGUCCAGGCAGUUCCGCGUGGAGUACUGGAGGAGGGGCCAGGUGGCCUGGAGCCACGCCUACUCGCCCAACUGUCACUACGUGGGUCACCUCCAGGACAGGCCCCACUCCAGCCAAGUGGCUCUCAGCAACUGCAAUGGCCUGCAGGGGGUGAUUGUUUCAGGCGGCGAGGAGUACCUCAUCGAACCUCUGGCCCCCCCAACAAACCACACCAGGGUGGAGAGGGCGGAGGGGCACCCUCACGUGAUCUACAAGAGGUCUUCGCUGCGGCACCAGUACAUGGACCAGUCCUGCGGGGUCAUCGAUGAGAAGCCGGGCAAGGGCGUGGCCUGGUGGCAGCGGACCCUGAAGACUCCGCCCCAUCGCGGACAGCUGCCCCUCAAGCGCUCCGUGAGCCGCGAGCGCUACGUGGAGACGCUGGUGGUGGCCGACAAGAUGAUGGUGGGCUACCACGGGCGCCGUGACAUCGAGCAGUACAUCCUGGCCGUCAUGAAUAUUGUUGCCAAACUGUUCCAGGAUUCUAGCCUGGGGAACGCAGUAAACAUUGUGGUGACCCGCCUAAUCCUGCUCAUGGAGGACCAGCCGUCGUUAGAGAUCAACCACUACGCUGGGAAGUCUCUGGACAGCUUCUGCAAGUGGCAGAAAUCCAUCCAGCAUCGCAACGGCAACGGCAACGCCAUCCCCGAUAACGGCAUCGCUCACCACGACACAGCGGUGCUCAUCACCAGGUACGACAUCUGCAUCUACAAGAACAAGCCCUGUGGAACCCUAGGCCUAGCCCCUGUGGGAGGGAUGUGUGAGCCUGAGAGGAGCUGCAGCAUCAACGAGGACAUCGGCCUGGCGACGGCCUUCACCAUCGCCCACGAGAUAGGACACACGUUCGGGAUGAACCACGACGGCGUGGCCAACGUGUGCGGCUCCCGCAGCCAGGACACGGCCCAGCUGAUGGCUGCCCACAUCACCAUGAAGACCAACCCCUUCGUCUGGUCCGCCUGCAGCCGCGACUACAUCACCAACUUCCUGGACUCAGGAAUGGGCUCCUGCCUCAACAACGUGCCCCCCAAGCAGGAGUUUGUGUACCCCACCACGGCGCCGGGCCAGGCCUAUGAUGCGGACGAGCAGUGUCGCUUCCAGUACGGGGUGAAAUCCCUCCAGUGUAAAUACGGGGAAGUGUGCAGUGAGCUGUGGUGCAUGAGCAAGAGCAACCGCUGCAUCACCAGCAGCAUCCCCGCAGCGGAAGGAACCAUCUGUCAGACCAACACCAUAGAAAAGGGGUGGUGCUACAAGCGUGUGUGCGUGGCCUACGGGACACGCCCCGAGGGGGUGGACGGGGGCUGGGGUCUCUGGUCGCCCUGGGAGGAGUGCAGCCGCACCUGUGGAGGAGGGGUGUCCUCUUCCCUGCGCCACUGUGACAGCCCCAGGCCAACCAUCGGGGGGAAGUACUGUCUGGGGGAGAGGAAGCGAUUCAGAUCCUGCAACAUGGACGAGUGCCCUGCAGGUUCCCAUGAUUUCCGGGAGAUGCAGUGCUCUGAGUUUGAUGGCGUUCCUUUCCGAGGAAAGUUCUACACCUGGAAGCCCUACAGGGGGGGUGGAGUGAAGUCCUGCUCCCUCAACUGCCUGGCGGAGGGAUACAACUUCUACACAGAGCGCGCUCCGGCCGUGGUGGACGGGACACCUUGCCGCGACGACUCCCUGGAUGUGUGUGUGAACGGGGAGUGCAAGCACGUGGGCUGUGACCGGAUCCUGGGCUCGGACGUGCGCGAGGACCGCUGCAGGACGUGCGGCGGCGACGGCAGCAGCUGCGAGGUCGUGGAGGGCGUCUUCAACGACUCGCUGCCCGAAGGAGGUUAUGAAGAGGUGGUUGUAAUCCCUAAGGGCUCAGUGUUCAUACAUAUCCAGGAGCUCAACGUCUCCCUCAACUACCUUGUGCUGAAGGGUAAAGGGGACCAGUACUUCAUCAACGGGAAGCUGACCAUCGACACCCCUCGCACGUUCGACAUCGCCGGGACCACGUUCCACUACCGCCGGCCCGUCGACAAGCCUGAAACCCUGCAGGCCCUGGGCCCCACCAACAUCUCUCUCAUCAUCAUGGUGCUGGUGAGGGAGGAUAAUCCAGGGAUCCACUACCAUUUCAACCCUCCUGUCAGCAGGGACCUCCUGAGUGGUUACGCCUGGCAUUACACUUCCUGGGCCUACUGCUCCUCCCCCUGUGCUGGAGGUGUUCAGCUGCAGCAGGUGGUGUGUAAGAAGCAGGCGGACCACUCGGUGGUCUACAAUCACUUCUGUGACAGGAAGAGCAAACCCAAGGACAAGAAACGGGCCUGCAACUCAGAGCCGUGCUCCCCCAACUGGUGGACAGGUGACUGGUCCGAGUGCAGUCGCAGCUGUAACGGGGGCCUGAGGACCAGGGAGGUGCUGUGUAAGAGGAGGGUCUCCCCCUCGGAGCACAAGGUCCAGGAUGACUCCGCCUGCACCUCCCCUCCGCCCCCCCUCACCGAGCCUUGCAGCACCCACACCUGCCCCCCUGAGUGGCUGGCCCUGGACUGGUCAGAGUGUAACCCGGGCUGUGGCCCAGGGUUCAGGCACCGAGUCGUCCUGUGUAAAAGUGGCGAGAGCGGGGACACUGUCCCCGAGUCCCGCUGCCCCAAACAUGGCCGCCCGACCUCCAGGGUGCGCUGUAACCUGCAGCGCUGCCCCCCCCCUCACUGGGUCACCGGACCCUGGGGAGAGUGUUCCUCUCGGUGUGGUCUGGGUCAGGAGAUGCGUUUGGUGCAGUGUCUCACCCACACCGGCCAGCCGGCCGUCGAGUGUCCGGACCUCCAGCGGCCGGCGGCCAUGCAGCAGUGCAAGAGCAGGUGUGACCUCACCAUCCCCACCGACAACCCAGAAGAGUGUAAAGACGUGAACACGGUGGCGUACUGCCCCCUGGUGCUCAGGUUUAAGUUCUGCAACCGGCAGUACUUCAGGCAGAUGUGUUGCAAGACCUGCCAAGGACACUGACUCCAGAUGUCUGGGAUUCCAGGAGCCCCCUCUGCUGGUCACAACAUCUUAUAUCGUACAACUGCAAUCCAUGUCAUGUUUCCAUCAACAACAAAAAAAGGAUUUAAAAAAAUCAAAGAUUUUUAUUAUAUGAACGUAUGUGUUAUAUUUGGACUAUUUUGUUACCAUGUUAAUGACUGUGUUUUUUUUGUAGCACAAAAUAUUCAAGAAUCAUGUCUAAUAUCCAGCUAUGAACAAGAGGUUGAUUUGCAAGUUUGACUUAUAAGCUAUAAGGAUACCUGUUUUUGUGAUUGUCUGUGUGAAAUCAGCGUUCUCUGUCCACGCUCACCUCAGUCUGCUUGCCACUGUCUGCCAUGUCAGUGACUCCUGUCAGUGACUCCUGUCAGUGACUGCUGUCCAUCCACAGUGACUCCUGUCAGUGACUCCUGUCAGUGACUCCUGUCAGUGACUGCUGUCAGUGACUUCUGUCCAUCCACAGUGACUCCUGUCAGUGACUCCUGUCAGUGACUCCUGUCAGUGACUCAAGUCAGUGACUCCUGUCAGUGACUCCUGUCAGUGACUCCUGUACAUCCACAGUGACUCCACAUCAGCCUCUCUGCCUCAGCAAUCCACUGUUCCCAGCUGCAGAGCCAGCAUGCUGCCUUGUCAACAUGAGCCCAGGCCAGCCCUGGCUAGUGUUUCCCCCCUGGAACUAGACCACAAGACCACACGCUGCUCAUGUCUGUUACUGUCAUAAGAAACUAAAUCUCUCUGCUCAGAUUCACGCGUUGACAUUUGCAAAACAUUUGACUUUUUAAUUCAUUUGGCAGAAUGUUUUCAUCCAUCGCAACGUACAAGUAGUGCAUUUAAAAAGUUCAGUUAAAGAUCAAGAGUCAUAAAUUCAUAGUUCAGUUUACUCCAGGCUUCAACAUGGUCCAUACAAGAACCUUUCUAUUUAGGGCACAGUACAACAAGCUCAGCCUGUUAAAUCAACAACAUCAACAACAAACCUUUUCAGUCAAGCGUUGGAGCUGUUCUCUUGAUAAGGGAGUAACUAUAUUGUUAUGAAUCCCUAAUGGUGCUUAGGAAUGGUGCUAUUUCUUCAAUAAUUGUGUUUUAUUUGUAUUUUUUAUAUAUAUGAUGUGUUGGUUGGAAUGGAUGUCGGUUCUGAGGAGUCUAGGUCGAGUUGUGUGUGACCAACAGCCUCUCUGCUUCCUGUGGAGAGGAGGAAGAGAUGUCUAACUUCUCCACUACAGCACUGGCAGCAACCCAGUGAAUUUCUGUCCGAAUAUAUGCAACACAGGCAUUUUUUUAUACUAUCCAAGUCAUCACGAAACUGUUUGGAACUUGAGUGUGUACCUUCAGGCUACGAUGAAUAUGUAAGCUAAAGUAGUGUUGUCGUUUUUUUGUAAUAAUUUUUACCUUGCAGGACCUAUGGUCUAUGUCUAAACACCAUUUUUUGUUUUUCUGUGCAAAAGAGAGGGAUCUGUCUGUUGUUGUUCCCAUGCUAAUUGUACUGUAUGUUCGGUAGCAUAGAAAGCAUCCCUUCCUGUUCCCUAUAUACACCGUCUGAAAUGAACAUAUUCAAGUGAAUAAAUAUGGCGCAUUGUU